AUGAUAAUAUCAGGGAGAAGUCUUACUGUGGACCUCGUUGUUAAUGUUUAUGUGUUUUUAGAGGUUUUCAAAUCAUUGGAUGUGGCUAGCAGAGUUGAAAGUCAGCUGAAACUUGUUAUCAGGCCUAUGUAUUCAAAUCCUCCCGUGCAUGGCCCAUCUAUUGUGGCUACGGUCCUGAAAGAUAGAGACUUGUACAAUGAGUGGACUCUAGAGCUGAAAGCUAUGGCUGACAGAAUUAUAAGUAUGCGUCAGCAACUAUUCGAUGCAUUACGUGCAAGAGGUACACCGGGUGAUUGGAGUCACAUUAUUAAACAAAUUGGGAUGUUUACUUUCACUGGUUUGAAUAAAGAGCAAGUUGCUUUCAUGACUAGAGAAUAUCACAUCUACAUUACUCAAUAG